UGCAGUAUGGAGAAUGAAACUUUCAGUGCAGAUAUUUUAUCCAUCGAAGGGUUAAAGGUCACCCCUCAGUCCUCCAUUCCCGCCUUUGUCCUCCUCGUCUUCAUCUACACGCUCAUCAUGGUGUCCAACAUCGGCCUGGUGGUCCUGAUCACCGUGGAGAGGAGCCUCCAUCAGCCCAUGUACCUGCUCUUCUGCAACAUGAGCAUCAAUGAUGCCUUUGGGGCGACGGCCAUCAUUCCCCGCCUGCUGAGCGACGUCUUCACUCCGGUCACAGAGCGGUACAUCCAUUACAUCGACUGUGUCGUUCAGGCUUUCUGUGCUCACUUCCAUGCAGGCACGUCUCACACAGUGCUGAUGAUCAUGGCCUUCGACCGGUACGUGGCCAUCUGCAACCCCCUGCGUUACGUCACCAUCAUGACCAGCAGGAUGGUGGUGAAGCUGUCGGUGGGGGCCUGGGUGGCAGCCUUCAUCUCUGUCGCGAUCCUCCUGGGCCUCGCCAUCCGCCUGUCGCGCUGCAGGAGGGUUAUAAUCAACCCAUUCUGUGACAACGCCUCCUUGUUCAAGCUCUCCUGCCAGAACCUUCUCAUCAACCACAUCUACGGCCUCGGCAGCGCCGUGGUCAUCCUGGGCUCCUCCCUCGGCAGCGUCACGCUCACCUACCUGAGGAUCGGCGUCGUGUGUCUGAGCAGCAAGAACAAGGUGCUGAACAACAAAGCGCUGCAGACCUGUGCCACCCACCUGGCCGUGUACAUCAUCAUGCUGGUAUCAUCCUUCACCCCCAUGAUCAUGCACCGUCACCCUGAGUGGGCGGACAGCGGGAAAGUGGCGUCCGUCAUGUUCCACGUCGUUCCCCCGGCCCUGAACCCCAUCAUCUACGGGCUGCAGUGUAAAGACCUCAGACAGAAGAUCGUCAGCGUGUUUCACAAGAGGAAAGUCAUGGAUGGUUGA